CCCCACACACCACGAUAAAAGAGGCGCUUUCCAAAAAAAAUGAGAAGCAGUUCUCAGCCCGUUUACCGUUUUCCAUCGAUUAAGAUGCAAAAAGAUAUGUCAGGAUACCUUUGCAUCUUCAUUUUUUUGAUCUCUAAGAACGCCUAGUCUUUAUGACAGCUUAUCCUUUGUCAUCUAUUCCUUGUGGCAACGGUUUGUCCCCUCCAUAAUUUGUAUUGACGGGUAAAAAACCUAUCUUUGCUUUCCAUUAAAUUGCCUUUUCUUUGUGGUGGCAAGACCCAUUUGUCAGCCCACCAUUUCUGUUGUUUGCAAAUGCUGUAACGAGAUUUGUUUAACCUUGCACACAUGGACAUAACGUGGAUUUAGCCUCUCAUUCCUGGAAGUUUUUCUCCAGCCAAUUUCCCAUAGCUGUCUGGGGCACCUGUGAAAUCCCACAAAGAGGAAGAGCCACAGCGGUUACACACUAUUCAAACAGGUGAUACACGGUUGCAUGUGGUACCCCGCAAAUCACUAUUUCCCGUUUCCGCCAACCGCUUUUCUCUUGAAAGGAACCUUUUAUUCUCAGAUACCACAGACCAUGCUCGCAGCAGAGCAAACUAUCCAUCAUUUACCUUCCCCAGCUCGAACUCGGUUAAAUCCGACCUCAAAUUUGGAUAUGAAAUACGCUUUUCCAGAACAGGUAGAAGCCUUGGCCGAGAUUCAGAAGCUUUUUACCGUUUCAGACCAACAAUUGGCAGAAUUAGUCAAGCGAAUGGGAGAGGAAAUGCAAAUCGGCUUGGAAAGAGAUGAUGCUUCCGAUCUCAAAAUGAUUCCUUCUUUUGUUACAGGCUAUCCAACUGGUCAGGAAGAAGGCGUUUACCUUGCCCUGGAAAUCAGUGGUAUGGAUAUCUAUGUAUGCCAAGUUAAGUUGAAGGGCCAAGGCGGCAAGCUGGCCAUCAAUCAAUACCAAUACAAGAUUCCAGCUGCUCUUGCAACCGGUCAAGAUAUUGCUGAUCUUGUUGACUAUAUUGCUGACUGCGUAUCCGAUUUCCUCGUCAGAGUCGGUUCUCAGGAUCUGUUUGUAUACCCUAUGGCGAUCAGUUUUGGAUUCGCAGUAGAGCAGACUGCACUGAACAAGGGAUAUAUCAUUGCCCUAGGCCACGGAUUUGAUUAUGCCAACGGCGUUGGUUGUGAUGUCGUUGAACUAAUCCAUUCAAGGUUCCAACGAAAAGGUCUCUCUGUGAGAGUAGUCGCUAUUGCCAAUGAUACAGUUUGUACUUUACUCGCACACGCAUACCAGCACCCAAGCACUAAGCUUGGCAUAGUUCAUAGCGCUGGAACAAACUGCGCAUAUUAUGAAACGAUGGAUAACAUCUCAAAGCUUCAGACAAAUGCAAACCAUAUUCGCUCUUCAAGUGACGGAAGCGACAUGAUUAUCAACACAGAAUGGUGCAACUUCGGCUCUAAGAAGAAAUAUCUUCCUUCUACAUGGUUUGAUCGAAAACUUGAUCGAGAAUCAAACAACCCAAAUGUUCACAUUUUUGAGAAGAUGACCACUGGCGUAUACUUGGGCGAACUCGUGAGAAUUGUCCUCAUCCAUCUUGUCGACAAUGAAAUGCUUUUUGGAGGAGAAAGCUCUGAAGUCCUGAAUACACCAUUUAGCUUUGACACGAGCUACAUGUAUGUAUGUGAAAAUGACGAUACUCCUUCUCUGGAUGGCAUCAGAGUCAUUCUCGAAGACAUGCUCAAGGUUGGAGCAACAAGCAUGGCUGACAGGGAAAUUGUAAAGAAAGUAUGUGAAAUCAUUGGAGAGAGAGCAACCAUGUUGGUCGGCGCUGGCACUGCCAGUGUUGUUCAAUACAUGGUAGAACAUGGCAUAGGAAUGGACCUAGAUGGCUCCGGAUUUGCUAUAUCUAUAAGCGGCGAUAUCUAUGAGGAUUACCCACAAUUUCAUCCCCGAGUCUGUAAAACGUUAAAAAAAAUGUUACCGGAACAUAUUGCCGCCAAGUUAUCAGUUGGCAUUGUCAAGCAUUCAAGAAUAGUAGGAGCAGCCAUCGUAGCAAUGAUGGCUGAAAAAGCGUAGUAGUAAAGCAAACACAUUUCUUUCUUUCUUUUUCUUUGUAUUCGUAUCAGCAUUAUCAUGUAACAGCACAAUGGGGGAAAUAAAACCGGUUGAAAUAUGGUCAUUUGAAUA